AUGGACUGUGAGUGGAAGAUCAUCGCCCCGACUGGAAAGGUCCUACAGUUGAAGGUUGAAUACUUUCAACUGGGGGGAAACGGCCUCCUCGAGAUAUUCGACUUCUGCCCUUACGGACACCGCGUCCAGAGUCUUUCAGGAACUGUCGAGCCCUCGCUGGUCAUCACCACCACCGCCAAUGAGGCAUUCCUGAAAUUCACCGCGAAUGGGCUACAGUCUACGCAUGGUUUCAACAUCAGCUACCAAGCCAUUCUGCCUCCACAUCUUCAGCAGAACAACCAAGGAAACACCAGAGAGAGGAGAGCGAUUGCAGGAGUUUUAACGGGCUUCGCUAGUUUUGUGAAAAUUCUCUUCACUGUCUGGAAUGUUAUUGACGGCCAUCAGGCAGAUCAACAACAACAACAACUCACUGACACGUUGAACCUCCUUGAGAAUAAGAUUGACGGUAUCCAUGAGAAAAUACAAGAGCAAGGCGUCAUGAAUGUCUUCCGUCACAAGAAGGAACUAGACGCUCAACGGUUUGCUGCAUCGGAGCAAAGGAUCAAUAACAUGCGGGACACGUUUUUCACCCGACUCUGGAUAAUAGAUAACGGAACACUGGAGCCCGGGAACCUCGCGCAGGAGUGGACGCAAACUGUGUUGAGUCAGGACUCAGAAGGCAUGAACCAGGCCCAGAACAACAUGCGCAACAUGGUGGUUGGAAGUCCGACGGUGUUUGGCGGGACGUCACUCCUUGAAACAUUGGACGCCGAGCUGAGGAGGGUAAAGGAUCCGAAUUCCUUGGAGAAGCUGAAGACUAUCUCUGAAUACACCAUGAACCUGCAAGUCUCUGGGUACUUUCUUUGGAUCCUCGCGCUGAAGCAGAAAAAUGACAUGGACCAGGCUGACGAAGUUAUGAAAAGAGCGCUCAACAAGCUGAGUGAACAACGCUGCUUCAUUGCUCGUUUCUUCUACGAGUGGCCGACAGGCACGUACGGCCUCCCUAAGGCAUCCAGUGGAUGUCCUGCCGGCUUCAGGGAGGGUCAGUACGAGUUCAGGGGACACGACAGCAGUUUCAGCUGGGGAAAUGAAGCGCAUUUUGCUGGAAGUCUCUCCAACAGCACAGUGAAGCAGGGGGUCUGCAUGAAGACGACUUCCAGUGGCAACGAGGGCAACUGGCCCAAAGGGAGCUACUGCAUCUUCAAGUAUGGGAACUGCCCAGUAGGCUUCAGUCCGGGUCUUCUUGGGUUUCCCGGGGGUACCCAGACUGGAGUUGUCCCGGAUGGAAGCGUGAGCAGUGACAGCACAGAGGUGGAGUACUGCUGCCGGGAUGACGGGUUUGCCUCCUACCCCAUCCGCCUGCCCUCCAGACCUCCCUUCUACCUGCUCAGACGUGACAGGCGUGAAGGAGAGUGCCAGCAGGUUGAUGGAGCAACUGUUAGUGAGGAGUGGCUUGAGUACAGGGGAAACGGGUACCGUGAUGGCAUGACUCCUGACGAUGAUGGGGACGACAACAGCCACAAGCUCUACUCCUGCGUCUACACCAGAAAUACUCCCAAUACCGUCAUCUCUUCGGAUGCUAGGCCUGGCGACAACGGUAAUUAUGACGACCUCCCAGAUACAACGGUUAUCCCAGACUCAGCUGCUAUUCAGGUGCCUACAGCCAUCGGAUUUGUGGUAUGCGCUAUCAGCUUUGUAGCUGCACUCUGUAGGGCUCUGUUGUAA